AAGCAUUCCGACGAGAGCAGGCCUAUCCUCUACGUUUUCCCAACCACUAACAUCGGCCGCAACUCUGAGGGAGAAUCGCAUAACUGCACCCCAUCUAUUGCUUCGGGAACGAACAGUCCACCCAAUUCCACAUCAGCAGAGGCAUUCAAACUUGGCUUUGAAUCAGGCUUCCAACCUUCGCAAGCCGGCUUUCCUGCCUCCUUAUUUGUGUCAUGCUCUUCAUCACCAGAGGCUUUCACACCACCUCAGUUGAUGACAGCAGUACACAGUGGACACGCUUCCCACGCAACUCACCCGUCUCAUCUCCAUAACCAACUUCAUCAAGACCCUCAUAUCCCUCACCAACAGCCUUUGGUCAACUCCCUCUAUUACCUUGAACCAUGUACACAUGAUUGUUUGUCUAAACUUAGUCCGCCCAUGACGGCCUUUGGCGGCAAUGUGAAUCAGUCUUACUCAUCAUCUCAAAUGACAGAUCACUCCAACUGCGGAGCUAUUUCCAAUGUAGAAAGUGAAUUUUUUCCUAAUUCUCAACUCUACCAAUGCUCUCAUGAGAACUCUAGUCUUCUUCCAUCCCCAUCUCCACAUGCAUCUUCCCCUAUCCCUUCACAACCACAACUCAACCUGCAUUCACAAAGAGUUCACUCUGCUGGCUCAAUUUCAAACCACCAUUUGAUAAUUGGACUUGAACACGAAUCGGAUCACCUUAUGCAGAAAGAAAAAGAAUGCAAUGAUGAAGUUGCAACGCUAUCUCCCGAGCAUCCGCCACAGUUACGAUUCUCUACUCUGCAAGGGAAGAUCUCUGGUCAGAGAGAACACGGCUCCUUUUUAGCCAAUGAAAUAACUCAUGGAAGCAUACAGUCAGUGUGCUUAGUUAGUCGCCCUGAAUUUUCGAAUGAGGAUUCUAAUAUUGGAGAUCAAGGAAUCGAGUUAGGUAGCAAGUCUUUUGAACGACCAGAAAUACAAUUGCAAAAUUUUUCUGCAGAGGUCAGUGGACUAGUUCUAAGGCCACAUUGCUUCCUCGAGUCAGAAGACGAUGGUGGAGACGAAGCUUCCGGACGUAGUGAGAACGAAGUUGAUGCCUCGGCAAUUGGAGGCUUGAUGAUAAGCCCUUCGUUUCAAGCCAACUCCACACCAGAAAAAGUAGCAUGCGCUAAUACCUCAAAUGUAAAUAUGAGGCAUCAGUUCUUUAAUAAUACACAUUUUGCCUCAAAUUCAAUUUCGAGGACACCUUCACCAGGUGACCAGUAUGAAAACCUGUCCAUAAUUCCCUCCACCUGCUCUUCCACGUCGUCCUGCUCCUUAGCAUCCUCAUCUUCUUUCUCAAAUUCUUCAUCAUUCUUGUCCGCCACAUCUUCUUGUUCUAGCUUGUUAUCAGCUUUUCCUCCAACUAACACCCAUAGUUUUUCUCAAUCAAAUUCGCUCCCACCUCCCUCAAAGCUAGCAUGUUCAUGCUUCGUCGCCCAACUAUCUUUCUCCGAGACAAUUCGACCAGAUUUUCACUCAAUUGCUAACCAAAAUGAAAGGUUUGAAAAAAAUCCAACUUCAAAGCAUACAACAUAUCAAGGUCUUAGAGAAUCAUCUUCUUUGGCUGGCAGAGUAUUCUUUUCUCACAUGGAGAAUCAACUGGCCUCUUGGCAUCGAGGAAAAUCAGACCCAUUUCGAACUGGGCGUGUGCCUGAUGGUGAAGCUUCUGAAAAUAAUAAUUUUGGUGAAGCUGAAACUAGUAAAAAUGAUAGCAAAGAGAACAAAGACGAAGAAAUAUCUCCUAUUAACAGUUUGUCGUCGAUCCCCUGGCAACCCACAAGACUUUCUGAAGCCGAUCAAACUUCAAGAGCUCAUACAACUGAAGCCCAAAGCACACUUAGUUCUGGAGUCUUGCAUGGUCCUGGAAACAAAUACAGUGUGUCUACGAUGAUUUAUACUCGUACUAAUGAAAAUGAACAGAAAACAAGUACAAGAGAGGAGAAAAGUAAAGUAGAUGUGAAUUGUGUAGGCGAGUUAGAGGAAGGCGACGAUGAUGAGGAAGAGGAAGGAGAAGAAGGCGAUGAAGAAGAAGGAUUGGAAGUGCCUACUAUAAGAUCAACUAUUUUGAAUGGUAGUAUCAAAUCGGAGUCCCUAGCUCUGAGUAAACUGACGGGUUUGCAAGCAGAAUCACUUUCUUUCCUUCGUCAUCCGCAUGCAGGAAAUGGCUCUUUUCCUCAAGAA